AUGGGUUGCAACCCUUCUCUUGGGAAAGUGAAAAUAUUCAGAGGAGAUAAAGAAAGCAGAGCUGAUCAAGGAGUACUGCAAAGACCCCCUACUAGAAAAGCAACUGUUCAUGUUGGGAUGAAUCCUAAUAAAUUUGAAGAAGCAAAACAUUUGGGCACAUUUGCCAAACAAGUAACUGUGCCUUCAACUGAAUAUUCUGGGACCUUACCCACCUCCAAGAAUAAAUAG